CUUUAUUCCCGAUGGAAAGCCUGCCAUUGCGAAGCUACAGUCCAACGAGAUGUUGCCGUUGCUUCGUUGCCAAAGCUUAGGAAACAAGUUUUUUCUCAUUUUGUAAAAGCCGCCUAGCUAGGUGCAAUCCUUUGAUACUUAAUAAAGACCAAGCUAUAUCAAUUUUAGACUAGCAGUGCGGAAUUGAUGCUUGUGAAGACCACGCAUUGUCCUAUCAACUGCUUCUUCUAAAAAGUAGGGUUACAGGUCAAGAUAUUAGCGGGAUUCACUACGACUUUAUCUCUUCGAAUUAGGCUUAAUCCUCCACCCAAUGGCACUAUGAUAUUUCGCGACCAUACCUUUUAUAGAGAAGGAUGCAAUUCACGACGAAUGAGUAGUCCGUUAUCUUCAGCUUCUUGUCCAACCCAUCUACUUGCUUUUGAUAGCUCACCUAGAGGUUUCCCGAUGCCACGAUAUACCCGGUGAUGUAUACCUCCUCAUCCCGACAUCGCGCAAGAAUCGGGGAUCCCUCGCCGGUAUAUACGGUACCCUCGUAUCGAUAGACGAUGAAAGAUCCUCCGGCCUUCGAGUCUAAGCCAGAAUUUACUUGUCCUCAUUCAUACGGGAAGGGCGCGACGAUUUGCUGGGAUUGUGCUGAAGGGGGACACUUUAACCAAGGUGGAGGAAACCCACCAAUAUCAGAAAGUUAUAUAAUGUCAAAGAAUGGAUUCAACCCUAUAAAUGGCAGCAAUUCACCAGCAAGUAGCACAUUUGCUGGAAGCCAUUUCUCAGCGCCAGAAGUAUAUCCGCCGCCAGACGGGCUAGAACUCAGUCCCCAUGAUCCACGGAAGAAUCAACCCGGGUUAGAAGUUCUUACGGGGCCACGCAUUACAGGUCCGGAAGAUAUAUACUAUAAGGUUGAAGGACGAAAUUGGGACACCAAGCAAGAAAAAGAGGCCAUCGCUACUCGCUCGCCCCCACCUACUAUUCUUAGACUUCGAAAGAGGGCAUUUUGGUUGGUUUUAAUAUGUAUAUUGGUAGCAUUGCUCGUUGGAGCGGGUAUCGGCGCGGCGGUGGGUGUCACGCGAAAAAAUAAUUCCACCAAAGCUUCUGUACCAGCAACUUCACCAAGCGCGAGCAGUGACAAUCAAGUAAGCGGAAGUUUCCUACCUUCGCCCUCGAUGGCGACCGAAACUGUGUCUAUUCUCAGGACGGACGCACCUGGGGCUAUGACUACCGACUCGGUGAUUGCAAGUGUCUUGUCUUCAGAUCUCAACACUGUGGGAGGUGCCGUCGAGACGGAGUCUUCUCUAUCUACUGUCACUAUUUCCUCGACGGACGAAGGGGGUCAUUCCGUGGAGAAAGUGACUGUGACUCUUGUACAAACUCAGUCGGUGUCCACUACUAACCCCAUCCAGUCCGCAGCUUCUCCAACGACUCCCACCGCAACGACUGCGCCGGCCUCAAAGACGAGUACAGGGCCUGCGGCUACCCAUACAUCAGCUAGUUCGAAGGGAAAGUGUCUGGCUGAAGACGGAAGUACUUAUACAGACCCUGGGACAGGGUCACAAUUUAAGAUCGAAUGUGAUGUCGCGCACCAGGGCAAAGAUAUCGAUAAUUAUGAGGCCAGUUCCAUGGAAGAAUGCAUAUCGAUGUGCACUAAGAAUACGGAAUGUGUUGGGGUUAUCUGGUACAGCGCAGGGCCACAAGGGACCGAUCUCAACUACUGUUGGCUGAAAAGUACGAUGGAUGAUGAUCUCAAAAGCACAAAAGACGCGCAAUCAGCAGUACUAUUAUAAAAAUAACAAGUACAUACCUAAUUUAAUAUCUGUGAAGCGAGAUCACAACGCCUCCAUCCGUGCUAGAUGAAUCAUUGCUAUGCUUCGGUUCGGAUUUAAGUCAGGGGUUAUGCUAUAUAAAGCAAAACAGCAUACGAUUCUCCCACAUACGACCAUAGAAUCUGGAAAAUUCGGGGUCCCGUCUGCUCCCCCAGAGACAAGCCGGAUAUCGCUGAACUAGUAGUCGGGUCGGUGACGACCGGCGAAUCCUCGGUGUUAUUACAUCCUACCGAAAAGGAUCAUAUGAGGUACAGAAGUUCAAGUGGAUAUAUAUUCUGCCGCUAUGUGGCACAUGGCGAACCCCUGACUAUUAAUAACACUAAAUUCCCAAGUUACGACGAGUACUCCACCUGAUCAAAAGUUCCUAAUCUUCAUUUCUUGGUAUAACAAAGCUAAAAGGGGACCCUUGAAGCCUAAGGAUCCUCAAUAAAGCUUUGCUAUGUAACUAACCCGAAUCAAUAUGCAUAUUUAAAGGGGUAAUGGAAUAGGUCUUAUUGAGGCAUCAUAAUAUCUGCCUUAGAAUUCUCAUAUUCGAAAAAGUGGGCUGGUGAACUCCGAGUCGGAAUAAAGACGC